AUGACUACAGACCCGUCUCCUCUGCCUUCUAGCACUUCUACCGCAGAUCAACAUGCUCGGGCACUCGCUCAAGCGAUUGCGAGGCUCGCACGAGUCAACACAUCCAUCGACAAUCUGCUGCGCCACGCAUCCGACCACGAUACCAACAUCAUCGGGCUCCACGCUGCAGACACGGAUGUCGAUCUGAUGCUCGCCGAAGCAGAAGACGACUUACGACUAGGCGCGAUCUUGUUCGAAGCGGUAGAAAGCGCAGGAUUAGUAGCCGUGGACAGUCAUGCGCAGGCUUCGCGUGGAAUAUCCAAAAGGCCUCGCCAUGUCAACAGUGGCGCUCGGGGGCGCGCUCCGUCGGCCAAAUCAACUACGCAGCAUGAUGCUGUACUGCUCAAGGCAGCUCGAGUUCUGCAACGUGCUUUGCAAACGAGGUUUCCGCUGACUUGGCCGAAGUUGCUCGAGGAGACUUGA